AUGGAGGACGCACAGACUCGAAAACAGGUUCUCAUUGAUGCUGCAAUCGACAACAACGAGCCGGAGCUACUGGGGCAUGUACUGAAGAUCAAUGCGCAAGAGCGCAUGGAGGAUUACGAAAAUCAAAGACUCAUAGAAGCCGCGACAAGAAAGAAUUCCCUACCAUGCCUACGCUAUCUCAUCGAACACGGCCUCAGCACUGAGUAUAUUGAUAUCUCGGGUGGGGAGGUCUCAAUUUCGACUCUCGAGUUCUUGCUUGCUCAUGGCUGGGACAUCAACUCGACAGGAACUCCACGGUCUUAUCGUAGUCCUUUCAUGUGGUCUUGUAUCCAUGACCGCGAAAAGCUUGUAUGGUGCAUAGAGCAUGGCGCCAGUCUUGCGACGCCCUGGCAGGAGCCGCAUAGAAAACCACGCGAGCCGAUACUCGAAAGAGUCGCAUGGGGUGGCGACAUCACGACAUUCGAGCUUUUACGUUCCAAAGGUGCUCCUUUGGGACCUUGUACGCUGCAUCAAGCCGUGGUGCGCGCAGCAUUUUGUCAUGAUUUUUCAGGCGACCCAGAAAAGGAUGAUGAAAAGCAAAGCCAAGGCAGAGCGCAGUAUACCCAAAGUAUGGCUAUGGUGCGCUAUCUGAUUGACGUAGUGGGCUUGGAUGUCAAUAAGGAGGACUUUCCGCCUGACACCAUAUGGUUACAAGGCGAAUGGGGGACGCCGUUGCAGUACAUUGUGUUGGCUGGCUUGGACCCAGGAAGGAACGCACGUGAGCUAGUAUGGUUCCUGCUCGACCGAGGUGCGGAUCCAAAGGCGGCACUCGUGGAGGCAAAGGCGUUUGGUGGUCACGCGGCCUUCAAAGAGUGGGUGGAGGCUUGGGAGCAAACUAGAGAAGAGAAGAAAGACAAGAGUCGAUGCACUGUCCUGUGA